ACCUCACUCUUCCACCCCCCCCCCCCCCAAAAAACUCUCUGAAACCCACCACGUUCCUCUUCCUAACCCUAUCGAAAUCAACAACUCCAUCCCCAUCCUCCACCUCCGCCACAAUCGCGUUCCUUAUCGCCGACAAAUCGAUCCAAAGCCGCGACCUCGGAGUCCACUUUUAUAGAACCUUCUUGCUAAAAUCCGGUGACGAGUACGCCCGCCAGAACUCCGAAAGCUUCGGCUAGAGCCUCUUCACGAAAUCGAUCUCCGCCGGAGGCGAUUGAAUCGUCGGUACAGAAAACGAAGUCGAAGCCGAGUUGAAGAAAUUCUUGAGCUCUCGGUCGAACGACGUUGCUAAGUUCUUGAACGAGUUGGCUCGGUGGCGCAUGAGUUGGAUAUCCGUGUCUGCCGAGUCACGAACCUCUCGCCAACCUUUGGAUAUGAAGGAGAACGCGCUCGAAUUUGACGAAGAAGAAGACGACGUCGUUGCUCGAUUCUCAUUGUCCAUGGCUGACUCUGAAAAAGCUAGGGUUUCUCUUCGUUCUUUGAAAAUUUCUAGGGCUUGAAAGAAUUGAAUUCUCUCUCUCUCUCUCUCUGAGAAAAUGUUUAGAAAUCUAGAGGAUAAAGUGUUUGGUUACUGAGAAAAUCUGAGGGAGAGUGAGACUGAGGUCAUACUGUUUAUUUAAGUUUUAGAUUUUAGAAGGGUUUAGUGGUUAUUAGUGGGUUUAUUUAAUUUUAAAUUUUAGAUGGGUUUAGUGGCUAUUAGUGAAUUUCAUAACGUAAUUCUAUAUUCUUAUUUUUCUCCUUAGUUUGAUUCGAAAACAAACAGAUGGAUAGGUUAUUUUCUUUCAUUGGGGAGAUCUCUUGUUAUACUUCUGCAUCCCUUAUGCAAGUUGCUUUGGCAUCUAAAAUUAAUGCCUUGUUGUAAAAGUAUCUUUUUAUAUGCUUUGCUUUCAUUCAUAUAUUUUUUAUUGACGGAUCACACACACACACACAUAUAUAUGCGCUGCAAGUUAGGAUUGUUUUGUGAAGAAAUCUACCAAAAAACUGUUUAUUGAUCUGUUUGUUUUUGAGAAAAUGGAGUAUCUUGACUUGCUUAAGAAGGGCCUCGUUGUUUUAUUUUCUAUUGCUUUAUUUUGAAAGCUCAUUACAUAUAUAGAACUGUUUUAGGAUCUGUUUGUUUUCAUGGAGUAUCUUGAAUUGCUUCUGAAGGGUCUCGUUGUUUUGUUUCCUAUUGCUUUCUGUUGUAUGCUUAUUACAUACAAGUGGAGCUUCCGGAAGAUAGAGAAGGAGCCAACGAAAGUAUUGGUCACUGGUGCUGCAGGGCAAAUAGGUUAUGCCAUCCUUCCAAUGAUUGCAAGGGGAGUCAUGUUGGGUCCUGAUCAGCCUGUGACUCUGCACUUGUUUGAUAAUAUCAAGCAGGCAGAUGAAGCCUUGAAUGGGAUAAAAAUGGAAUUGAUUGAUGCUGCCUUUCCUCUUCUGAAAGGUGUGAUUGCUACCACGGACAUUGUUGAAGCUUGUAAAGAUGUCAAUAUUGCUGUUAUGCUUGGUGGAUUCCCACGGAAGGAAGGUAUGGAAAGGACGGAUAUGAUGUCUAAAAAUGUGUCUAUGUACAUGGCUCAAGCUUUGGCCUUGGGCAAGCAUGCUGCUGCAGAUUGCAAGGUGCUAGUUUUUGCCAAGCCAUCAAACACCAAUGCACUCAUCUUGAAAGAAUUUGCUCCUUCAAUCUCAGAGAAAAACAUCACAUGCCUAACACGACUUGAUCAUAACAGGGCAUUGAGCCAAAUAGCUAAGAGGCUAAAGGUUCAUGCUAGUGAUGUCAAGAACAUAAUCAUUUGGGGCAAUCACUCUUCAACUCAUUAUCCAGACGUCAAUCAUGCGACUUUCACCACUAAAGAUGGAGAGAGACUAGUCCGAGAACAUGUUGCAGACGAUCAUUGGUUAAAAACCGAGUUCAUCAAAACCGUACAGCAUCGUGGUUUAGCCAUUAUCAAAGCUCGGAAAGCAUCAAGUGCAUUGUCUGCUGCAAGUGCUGCCUGUGAUCAUAUACGUGAUUGGGUUUUUGGGACUCCCAAGGGAACGUGGGUUUCCAUGGGAGUUUGUUCUGAUGGUUCUUAUGGGAUCGAACCUGGCCUUAUUUACUCUUUUCCUGUUAGAUGUGAGAAUGGAAAAUGGUCAAUUGUGCAGGGGCUCAAGAUCGAUGAGUUCUCAAGGGCAAAGAUGGAUGCAACGGCAAAAGAACUCAUCGAGGAAGCAUCAUUCGCCAAGUCAUGCCUCAAUGAACAAUGAACCCAUCUUCCCUUGGAGAAUGAAGAAGACUUGAUAAAUAUAUGAAAAUAAAAAAGGAUUUCCAAUUUCUAUUCUAACUUUAUGUACAAAUUUUCUCCAUCACUUGUAAGCUUUGGAACAAUAACAAAACAAGAUGAGCCAUUCUGAUUUAUCUUUUUUUCAUGUGUUAACGAAAGUGUAGACGACUUCACCUA